AUGGCGCCUGCUGCCGCAUCAUCUACUAAGAAGACACCGUCACUGAAGGUGUUGACAACACGCUUGAAGGGCAUUCAAACAUCCUUUGGUGAUAUAGUGGAAUUUGUAGACCAUUUCCCAGAGCGAAGUACAACGUCGGAGGUUGAAAUACGUCUACAAAAACUCGACGAACUGUGGGAAAGGUUCGGAGAAACCCUCGUCGACGUCAAGGCACACGAUGAUUUACCAGCCGAUAGCGAGGCUGCCUAUGAUAAGGAGAGACGAGAGUUUAGUAAUUCCUACUAUCGUGCCAAGGCGUUUCUUCUGGAAUGGGUAAAGCAACAACAACCCUCUCCGACGUUGGAACAAUCCAUCCGCGGGGGUGAUAUUUCGAUGCAAGGUUCGCUCGAUCAUGUUCGCCUUCCGCAAAUAAAGCUGCAGUCGUUUGACGGGAACAUCGAUGAGUGGCUAAGUUUUCGUGAUCUUUUCACAUCUCUCAUCCAUUUCAAGGCAGAACUCCCGGAUGUCGAAAAGUUUCACUACCUCAAGGGCUGCCUUCAGGGUGAGCCAAAGAGUUUAAUCGACCCGCUGCAAAUAACGCGAGCAAACUACACAAUCGCAUGGAAUACGUUGCUCAAAAGGUAUGACAACAGCAAGCAAUUGAAAAAGCGACAGGUUCAGUCGUUGUUCCAGUUGCCAACCGUUUUAAAGGAAUCCGCCAAUGAACUUCAUUCUCUACUGGAGAGCUUCGAGAGAGUCGUGCAGACUCUGGAUCAGAUAGUGCAGCCGGGUGAUUAUAAGGAUCUUCUUCUUACGAAUUUCCUCACAAUGCGAUUGGAUCCGUCAACUCGCAGAAGUUGGGAAGAGUUUUCGUCUACACAAGAAACUGAUACGGUUAAGGAGUUAUUGGAAUUUCUCCAUCGACGGAUCCAAGUUCUGGAAUGCUUACCAUCAAGGGCGAUGGAAGCAAGGGUGCAAUACCAACCACUACCGCAAAAGCAGAAAGUUUCGGCGGUAAAAACUAGCUAUAACACGGUGCAAUCGUCUGGGGGACGCUGCAUGGCGUGUUCGGCAAAUCAUUUUCUAUUUCAAUGCGGAAAAUUCCAACGGAUGUCCUUAACGGAGCGUGAUGCUUUCGUUCGUACUCACACUCUCUGUCGUAAUUGCUUUAGACUGGGUCACCAGGCAAAGGAUUGCCAGGCUAAAUAUUCUUGUCGAAUAUGCAAGGCACGUCACCACACGAUGGUAUGCUUUAAGCAGGAAAGGGAUAGUAGACCUAGGCCGCCACCUGCUAGCGGUGAAAACUCCGGUGCGACCUCAACUUAUCAUCUACCGACGUCAUCAAAUUCAUCACAGGUUGACAACCUGGCGGCUACCAACAUAUCGGUCUCGAAUUCCGCUAUGCAGCUCACAUCGCAAGUCUUAUUGGCCACUGCUGUGGUUCUCGUCGAGGAUGAUGAGGGAAAUCAAAUACCAGCUCGCGCGCUUCUCGACUCGGGCUCUGAAAGCAAUUUCAUUUCGGAGCAUUUAAGUCAACGAUUAAAGGUGGAUCGGCAAAAGGUACAUAUUUCAGUCCUUGGUAUAGGACAGGCAUCUGCAAAGGUUAAACAACGGGUUCAAGCUACAAUACGCUCUAGAGUAUCAAGGUUUUCACGGGAAUUGAACUUUCUGGUUUUACCCAAGGUGACAGUUCAUUUACCGACAACUUCAAUUAAUACGAAAGGAUGGACCAUACCAAACGACAUCCAGUUGGCUGACCCUUCUUUCUCGGUGUCUAUGGGAGUAGACAUAGUACUUGGUAUCGAAGCAUUUUUUGAUUUCUUCGUGUCUGGUCGGAAGCUCAUUUUGGGAGAGCAGAUGCCAUCGCUUAACGAGUCGGUAUUCGGAUGGGUGGUCUGCGGCGGAUUAUCAUCUCAUAAGCAAUCACCUCAUAUCAGCUGUCAUAUGACCGAGGACAGGUUGGAUGAAUUGGUUGCUAGAUUUUGGGCAUGCGAAGAGGUCGAUAUCAAAAAAUCUUAUUCACCGGAGGAAGAACGGUGUGAGAAACUGUUUACGCAAACCGUACAACGGGGACCUGAUGGACGAUACACUGUUGCAUUACCUAUGGCCAAGGGGGCCAUAUCGCGGUUGGGCGAGUCGAAAAACAUUGCACUACGACGUCUCCACGCAACGGAACGGAGGUUGGCAAGGAACUCAGGCUUGCUUGACCAGUAUAAGGCGUUCAUGAGCGAAUAUCUAGAUUUGGGGCAUAUGCGCUUGGUUGAGGAAGACCAACGAGCAGUAGUAGGCCGAUGCUACUUACCGCAUCAUCCGGUUGUUAAGGAGGCCAGUACGACCACAAAGGUGCGCGUUGUCUUCGACGCGUCUUGUAAGACAUCAACGGGAAUUUCGCUGAACGACGUGUUGUUGACGGGACCGGUGAUCCAGGAGGAGUUACGGUCAAUUAUAUUACGCUGUAGGACCAAGCAAAUUAUGCUGGUAGCCGACGUUGAAAAAAUGUUUCGGCAGAUUGUGAUCGACUCAAACGAUAGGCCGCUACAGUGUAUUCUUUGGCGUUCGUCGCCUACUGAGGAGGUGGCGACCUACGAACUAAAUACAGUGACGUACGGUACUAAACCCGCUCCGUUUCUUGCGACACGCGUCUUGCAGCAGCUGGCAUUAGAUGAAGGGGAACAUUUUGCUUUGGCAGCAAGGGCCAUCACCGAAGACACAUAUAUGGAUGAUGUCAUCACAGGAUCUAACGACAGUGCAGAAGCUCUACAGCUGAGAUUGCAACUGGAUGAAAUUAUGAAUAGUGGUGGAUUUCGAUUGCGCAAGUGGGCAUCGAACUGCGCAGAGGUGUUACGAGGUAUUCCGAGCGAGAAUCUGGCGAUUGAUGUCGGUGGAAUUAAUUUAGAUCCAGAUCCAGCCAUAAAAACGCUGGGAUUAACCUGGAUGCCAAACACAGACGUUUUUAAGUUUCAGUUCAACAUUCCACCACUGGAAACGUACGAAACGCUUAGUAAACGUCGCAUACUUUCUAUCAUAGCUACGCUCUUUGAUCCAUUGGGCCUCAUCGGAGCUGUUAUUACGACGGCUAAAAUUUUUAUGCAACUACUGUGGACACUGCAAUCCGAGGAUGGAAGCAGAUUAGACUGGGACAAACCAUUACCUCAAACGGUGGGUGAGAAUUGGCGGAACUUUUACUCUCAAUUACCUUUGCUGAAUGGGAUUCGCAUCAAACGUUGCAUUAUUCUUCCGGAAGCUGUGACGGUGGAAAUUCACUGCUUCUGCGAUGCCUCGGAGAAGGCAUAUGGGGGCCUUGUAUAUAUUCGGAGUCUGGACUUUAAUGGCAACGUGUCUGUUCAAUUACUAACAUCAAGGUCUAAGGUUGCACCGUUAAAAUGUCAAACAAUACCGAGGUUAGAGCUCUGUGGGGCAGAGCUGGUCGCUAAGCUGUACACUAAAGUUAAGCAGUCAGUGAAAAUGGAGGUACCAACAUUCUUUUGGACCGAUUCGACAUGUGUGCUGCGCUGGAUCCAAGCAAUUCCCUCAACAUGGAGUACGUUUAUUGCAAACAGGGUGGCUAAAAUUCAAACACUUACGACGGUCAACACAUGGAGGCACGUUCCCGGAUCUCAAAAUCCAGCAGAUUUGAUCUCGAGAGGUGUAAACCCACAGGACUUUAUUCAUAAUGAUUUUUGGUGGCAUGGACCAUCAUGGCUAACUGAAACCCGUGAUCGUUGGCCAAAAACCGCAACCAAUGGAGUUGGUUGCGAAGGGGAGGAGGAAAGACGACACAGAACAGCUGCCGCUACAUCUUCUCACGCGGCAGAAUUUACUAAUUGGCAAACGGAGCAGCAGGAGCACAGUUUGGGCCGUUACAGAAACAUUUUUUCGCAGCAGCAAGAGCGUGAACUGGUAAAUUACAUUCUCGAAAUGGAAAAACUGUUCUACGGAGUUACACCGAAAGAGAUUCGAAGUAUGGCAUUCCAACUGGCUACAGCUAAUGGAAUAAAGCAUCCAUUCGACAAAAAAUCCGAGCUAGCUGGACAGGACUGGCUCUAUGGUUUCAGGAAACGCCAUCCAGAGCUUUCCUUGCGAUCUCCAGAAGCCACAUCAGCAGCGCGGGCCCAAGGUUUUAAUCGAGUAAAUUCACAAGCUACAGCCGUUGGAUGUUUCCUUCAUGGGGCCACUAAAACCAACCUCUUCCAAGCGACCGAAAGGUUUCUCAAGAAAACCCCUGGGAAAGUUGUAACCCUCAAUGACAUUAGCAGCCUUCUGGGAGAGGCAUUCAUUAAAACUGCCAGUGCCACACCGUCCAAUGCCAUUAACGGGUUUCUAAAAACAGGUAUCUAUCCUUUCAACAGAUUCAUUUUUAAGGAAGAUGAAUUUACUCCAUCAGAUGUGACCGAUGUGUACGGUAGCAACCCGUUCAUGAAUAAUUGUGAUAUUCAGACUUCUCUCCUUGGCGGCACUAUGCUAGAUGACGACCUUGAACUUGAACCUCCUUGUUUUGGCUUCAACGAUAUCGGAGAAGAAAUUGUGCAAGACAUGACCUCGAUUGCAAAAACCCACUUUCAAGGCGCUGGGUCAGAUGUUUCGAAGAUGGAGACAGUUUGUGUUUCCUCUACCGAAGAUAAAAGGUAG